CGCAGACGCUGUGCCAGGUGGCGCUGUACGCCAUGGGGCGCUGCCCCGACGUCUUCCCGCACCCCGAGCGCUACGACCCGCGGCGCUGGCUCGGCAAGGACGACACCACCUUCAAGGCCUUGGCCUUCGGCUUCGGCGCGCGCCAGUGCAUCGGGCGGCGCCUGGCCGAGGCCGAGAUGAUGCUGUUCCUGGCGCACCAGGUGCUGAGCAGCUUCUCCAUCGAGGCCGUGUCCAGCGAGGACGUCCCGACCGUGUUCCGCUUCAUCCUCAUGCCCGAGAGGUCCCCGCUGCUGACCUUCCGUGUCCUGGAGUGACCACUGGUCACUGCUGACCUUCCGUGUCCUGGAGUGACCACUGGUCACUGCUGACCUUCCGUGUCCUGGAGUGACCACUGGUCACUGCUGACCUUCCGUGUCCUGGAGUGACCACUGGUCACUGCUGACCUUCCGUGUCCUGGAGUGACCACUGGUCACUCACUGACCGUCCGUGUCCUGGAGUGACCACUGGUCACUGCUGACCUUCCGUGUCCUGGAGUGACCACUGGUCACUGCUGACCGUCCGUGUCCUGGAGUGACCACUGGUCACUGCCGACCUUCCGUGUCCUGGAGUGACCACUG